AUGCUCGUAUCUAAUGAUUUUCCCGAUCUACUACUACCCGACCACGUCCUCGUCAAGACAAUCCAUGUCGCCCUCAACCCGGCGGACUGGAAGAAUUUGGGCUCGGACAAAACCGUCCCCGGCACACUAGGUGGCUGCGACUUUUCCGGCAUAAUCGAAGAAGUUGGUCCUGCUGUUAUCAAGAAAUUCGCCAAGGGAGACAAAGUGAUGGGCUUCAACCUUGGCUUAACAAAAUGA